CAAAAGUCCGCCCACGCCGCCGCCCGCGUCGCAGCGUCGCAAAUCGAACAGUGGUUCCCCGAUCUCGCCCAGCGAUAUGACCACCUCGGCCACGUCCCUGGAGAGGACUCCCUCGAAGCGGGAGCGGGACCGCGAGCGGGACAACAGCAGCGGUCUGGGCAGCGCCGGCAGCUUGCCCGCCUCACCGCAAAGUGCGAUCACCGUGAGUCCCUCCUCCCCAGCCACGCCCAAGCGUCCCCUGCGCACCUCCACGCCCUCGAUGGAGCGGGAAAAGGAGCGAGAACGGGAACGGGAACGAGAGCGGGAACGGGAUCGUGAGGAGCGGGACAGAGAUCGCGAGCGAUCCGCCAAGGUCUUUAGCACCGCCAGCACCACCGUGCCCACGAAUACGAGUUCCAGUUCCGGUUUGGCACCCGAACAGCUCCGGAUUCCAACGGGAGCGGCGGCCUUCAGCGGAUUCCCAGGACUACAUAGCAUGAGCAGCCUGAUGGUUCCGUCGUCGGCGGCCGUUGCCGCCGCUGCUGCCGCCCCCUUCCUGCCCUGGUCGCCCAUUCUGCUGCCGCCGUGGAGCCACGCCCUCCUGCCAGCCGCCUUCUAUCCGGCGGCCCUGAGAAACGCUCUGCCCGGCUUGUUCGAUGCAAAGGUGCCGUCAUCGCAGCGCUCUGGCUUCCACAUAUCGGACAUCCUGAAUCUGGAGGGUUCCGAGCUGAAGAAUGCCGCUGCUGCCGCGGCCGCAGCCGCUCAACAUGGCAGUGACUUGAGCCACCAUUCGGCCAGUGAGUCCACCAAUGGACACGGUGGUCAGGGUGGAGCCCAUGCCACGCCCUCGGCCCUCUCGCCCACGCCCGCCGGCGGUUCGGUGGACGAGCACCACAAUGGCAGCGGGACAGGCGGUGGUGGAUCGGAUCACCACAGCACCACCGAGCAUCACGCCCAACAGCAGCCGCCGAGCCACCCACAGCAGCAGCAGCACCACCCGCACCACCACCAGCAGCAGGCGGCGCACCACCUCCAGCAGCAGCACCUCCCGCACCACCAGCAAUCGGUGGCCCCACUCCCACUGGCCCACCACCAGGGCGGGCCAGAUGCACAGAGCCACGCCCACGCGAACGCAGCCGCCGCCCACCUGCUGGCCAGCCACAAUGCCGCGGCUGCUGCAGCGGUGGCCGCCGGCCAAUACCUGCCCAAUCUGCCCAAGAACUUCCCGGGGAGCUUCGGGGACGAGAUGUCCUCGUACCACCACAUGGCCCAAACCAUGCUCCAGCACUCGGGCAGGAGUGCGUGGAUCAAGGAGAACGAGCUAUACGGAACCCAGCAGCCAGCCAGUCCGGAUAGCACUUCUCCGGUGACCUCGGAGGUAUCGUACACCUACAUUGGAUCAAAUUGCCAGACAUCGCCGGCACUUUCCGGCGAUUACAAGAGCUACAGCCGAUCGGCGGACAGCGAUGCCUUGUCCGUGGGCGAUGCCCUGCACUCGCUGCAUGGAUCAUCCUCGGCCAAUCAAGGGGGAUCAGCUGGUGGUCCUUCGGCGGCCCAUGCCCUGCACAACAAUAACAACAAUACGACGAACAACAACAAUAACAAUAACAGCCUGAAGCACGAGGGGAUCAAUGGAGCAAGCAGUGGUCACGAUGAUAGCCUAAAUGAGGACGGUAUCGAGGAGGACAUCGAUGAUGUGGACGAUGCCGAUGGCAGUGGCGGCGGUGGGGCCAAUGGACCCGAUGGUCUGCCCAAUAAGAAGCGAAAGCGCCGAGUUCUCUUCACCAAGGCGCAAACGUACGAAUUGGAGCGUCGAUUCCGGCAACAGCGCUACUUGAGCGCCCCGGAACGGGAACAUCUGGCCAGUUUGAUCCGACUGACGCCGACGCAGGUGAAGAUCUGGUUCCAGAACCAUCGCUACAAGACGAAGCGGGCCCAGAACGAGAAGGGUUACGAGGGUCAUCCGGGAUUACUGCACGGUCAUGCCACCCAUCCGCAUCAUCCGAGCGCCCUGCCCUCGCCCCGUCGGGUUGCCGUGCCGGUUCUGGUGAGGAAUGGUAAGCCCUGCCUGGGUGAUGGUUCCAAACUGGGAGCCGAUUGCGUAUCCGUCUCAUCAGCCACCGCCACCGCCAUGCAAAAUGCCGCCGCCGCUCAUCAUCUGGUGGCCCUGAACGGAGCAGCCGCCUAUCAACAUGCCGCCGCUGCUGCCGCCGGUCUUCAUGCCCAUGCCCACGCCCAUGCCCAUGCCCACGCCCACGGCCACGCCCAUCCGCACGCCCACGCCCAGAGGGCGGCCUGGUGGCCCUAAUAUUGCUAGGAUAUGAUCCGAUCCGAUCUGAUUCGAUCCGAAUUGAUCUGAUCUUUACGGGCCUGGAGCCACUCGAAUAGGUGGAUAGAUAUGAACCCUUGGUGCAAUAAAUCAGAAGACCAGGCCCCCAAGAUCCCCGGAGAAGCCAAAAAAUAACUAAACAUAAAAUAUAAUUGAUACAUAUAUAGAUCACAACUAGUUCAUAGUCUCACAGAUUCCCACUUUGAGUCAUUCCUGUACAUAAUUUAGUAGGCAAGAGCCCCAAAAACGAUUAUAUAUAUGAACUAAACUAACCCCAAGACCUGAGCUCAAGAGCUAUAGGUCCACUUAGUCAGGGGUAACCUCUAUAUUAACAUAAAACCCAUUCCUGAAUAUAAACAAAAAUGCCCAUGACAAAAGUAUACUGUUCAUUUUCUUUUGAUUAAAUGUUAUAUUUAUAUUAGUAUGUCUUGUCAUUGGGCAUUUAGGUCCCAUAAAAUCCCCCGUUUUACUGCACUAAAGUUGAUAAUACUUAUAAAAUGUAGAAUUAGGCACCAUUUUUUUUUAAAUUUUUUUUCUAGACCUAAGUUAAAAAAUCUAAAAAAAAACAUUUUGUAAAUAUUAAAAUGAAAAAAAGCAUGUAACUAAGAUUAUUCCAAAAUAAAAACUUAUAAAAGGCAAUGCAACUACAUCUGUACUAUAUAUCUUAAUAUUAAAGUCAAGCAUAAUUAGUGUUCAAAUUUUUUAGAAAGAAUUUAAUGACCCAUUUUUUUUGUAUACAUAUAUAAUAUAGACACUUAGUCUUAACCGAUAUUUUUUUUCGUGUGUGUGCGUGUAUAGCGAGUAAAAGAAAACUCUUUGAAUUUAUAGCCAGUAAUGAGUUCAUAAAUGUUAACAAAAGACAAGGACAGGACGCAGACAGAGACGGCAAAUGUAUUCCAGACAGAAAGCAAAGCGAAACAAGAACACUUCAAACUGAAAAAUACAUUUUAGAAAUUUAAUAAAA